UUUAGUUUGGAUUUUUUAAAUUGUUAAUGAGAUUGAGAAUCUUUUCUUAUGUCUGUUGGCCCUAGUAGUUCUUUCUUUGAGAACUGCGUGUCCUUUGGUCAAUGUUCUUUUAGAAAAAUAAUCUUUUUAAUAUUAAAAUACAGGUUACAUAGAAAAUUUUAAUAUUAAGAGUGCAGGGAUAGGCCCCGCCUCCGACCGCGGCCGCCGCCAGCAGGUUGUUUUCAGGAGGCGUCACCGGCCCCGAGGGUCUCCGCUGCCACCGUGACAGCGCGCCGGGGGCGGAGGCGCCCGCUUCAGACCUGAGCGAUGUCUGAGAAUUCCAGCGACAGCGACUCCUCCUGCGGCUGGAUCAUCAUCAGUCGUGAGGGCUCCGAUGCGGAGAUGGUGACACCCGUCAGGAGCGCGGACAGCUGCGAGCUGGGCCGGGAGCCGCCGGAACUGCAGUCCCAGCAGGGAGAAAGCAGCCAGGACGGCCCAUCAUUCACGGGCGAAACUGCGGGUCUCGAUCUCGCCCUUGAGACAGAGGAAGAAAAGUCACCUGAAGACAACAUCUACUGUGGAGCUGCCAGUGAUGACUCUGAUAUUGUUACCCUUGAGCCGCCUAAGUUAGAAGACGCUGGAAGCCAAGACGCUGUGACUGCAGAGGAGACGCCCGCCUCACAGGACUUCAUGGGCUCCUCUUCCAGCAGCCAGUACACAUUCUGUCAGCCGGAAGCUGUGUUUUCAUCUCAGCGUGGCCACGAUGGGUCAAGCAGUGAAGAGGCCAGCGAUCAGCCCAGUCCCGCCUUUCGCCGGCGCCGUGCUAGAAGGAAGACUGCAUUUGGCUCAGAGUCAGAGGAGCAGCCGCCUGCCGACCAGGACCCCACGCCACUCUCGGAGCUGCAGAAAUGCCAGUUCAGCGGGGGUCUCAACAAGUGUGUCGUGCUCGCCGUGGAUGGGGUGAUUGCUGUCAGCAUGGGGCUUGGACAUUUCUAUGGCACAAUUCAGAGUGAGAGACGGCAGCAGUUAGUCCCAAAGACACCUGGGAAUGAAGUGAGCGACACGGUGGGGCAUCUGGCCCGGCAUCCCCAGCAGGGGGCCCCUCCGGAGGUGAAGAUUUUGAAAGAAAGUCUCGGAAGGUGUCGACUCUUGACUGCCGCGGAGAUGUCCCUCGAAGCUCAGAGAAAGCACAGUCACCACCCGAGGGCGUCUCUGGAGAAGGGAGAGCGCACCACGGGCUCAGUCCAGGAAGAGCUGCGGAAGCUAAGGGAGCAGAUUAGAAUAUUGGAGGGGAGAGGUACAAGUGCUGAGUUGGUCAUAGAAAAUCAGAAGCUUAAGCAGCAUCUGGAGGAUGCAGAACAGAAAACACACAGGUUUCUUAAUCAAAGGGAGAUUCUGCUGGCAGAAACAAAAAUGCUAAGGAGUGAACUGGAGAGAGAACAAAAAUUAGCAGCAUCUUUACGGAUGGAAAUUGUGCACCUACAGACUGGUCAGCAGCAGGCCAAGUCAGAUUCUCCCCAAGAGCAAAAGGAAAUAGCACUGCUACAGGAAAGACUCGGUGAGCUGGAGCAGAAGCUGAACUUUGAGCAGCACCGCUUUGACUUGUGGGAAAGGCUGUAUAUUGAAGCCAAAGACCAGAAUGGAAAACCAGACACCGGAAAGCAGAGGGCGGGCAGAGGAAGCCGCAGGGCCAAGAGUAAGUCAAAGGAAACGUUUUUGGGAACAGUUAAGGAAACCUUUGAUGCCAUGAAGAAUUCUACCAAGGUGUUUGUGAGGCAUCAUAAAGAAAAAAUUAAGCAAGCUAGAGAAGCUGUGAAGGAAAAUCUUAAAAAGUUCUCAGAGUCAGUUAAAUCCACUUUCCGACAUUUUAAAGAUAUCACUAAGACUAUCUUUGAUGAAAAGGCCAAUAAAAGAUUUGGGGCUACAAAAGAAGCGGAGGCUGAAAAAAAAAAAAAAAAGCCAGUUUUCAGCGGUCAUUCACAUCCACAGCACGAGGCGCCUUCCCCAAACCAGAACCACCGCAGCCCCAGCGUGCACAGCAAUGGGAGCCGAGAACAGGGAGCUCGCUGGGCGUAGGCCGGAGGAGCCACGUUCGUCUACAGGGAUGGCGCUGCAGAUGGCUGGCAGGGAGACUGCCGCUGCCCCGGGCAGGCUGGGCAUCACGCCUUUGAAAGCGCGCAGCCAGAGCCCUUGAGCCCCUGUAACAUGGUGGUGAGUCCUUUGCUGGUAGCUGAAUUUAAGAAAGUAAUCAGAAGACCCUUACUAAAAGAACUGGGCACUUUCCAUCAUUGGGAAGAGCUUAAUGAAAUCAUCGAUCAGUGUAUCACAAAUGGGCUCACAAAUCAGAAAACCUUCGCGGACUUUGUUAAUGAUGUUAAAAAUCAUCUUAAAAGCAUGGAGGAAUACCGACUAGAUAAUGGAGUGUUUGAAAUGGAUGGAUACAUAGGGAGAUACUUUGCCGACUGUUUACACCCUCUGUUCGGACUCCGGUCGGUUUACUUAGAACCAUGUCUUUACAAUAGUUUCUGACACUUGUCUGUUGGGUAGAACUUUGUAACACAGAGAUACGCUUUAUAAUCCUGAAAGCUUAGAACAAACUGAAAGAUACAGCUUUAAAAUUACAGCUGCUUCAAAUAGAAAAUUCCAUGCAACAUCAUCACUGUUGACUUGAGGAAAUGAUUGUUUUAUCUUAAAAAUCAGUUAAGGGUAUAUAAAUCCUAUUUUCACUAUAAUUUA